UACCCGCCAAUUGUGAGGCCCCCAUGGUCAAACGCAUGAAUGAAUGUCUCUCCGCUCUCCUUGGCACCCUGCUGGUCAGCCUUACCAUGUCAUACAUAAAGUGAAGUGCCUCCCAAUAUGUCCAUUCAUCUGACCCUCUCUCUCUGAUAGUCACCAUUUAUUCAGACCCCCACCUCUAGAAUACCUAACACAAAAAGAUUUGGUCAUUCACUAGGAUUUCACCCAACAUGGCCACCGCUGAGACAGUUCAACUUGGGCCUGUGCAUCCUCCCAAGGAAGAAUCAAUAAAGGUCUUCAACGAAAUCGAGGUCGAGCUCAAGAAGACGCUACAACAUCUUCGUCAUGAAACAAAUAAGCACGAGCCUGAAUAUUUCACCUUGGUUCGCAAUUUGUCAGACCACCAACUCACAAACUUCUCCUCCGAUGACCUGAAAGAAGUUCGUAUUGCUACUUCUGCCUACGGAAUGCAUCUGUUUGGAAAGGUCCUGCUCCCGGACUCGGAUCCAAACCAUUCUUACCCCGAGAAAGGAUCGAGCUGCUACUUCAUGUUUAGAGCUUUCAUUGGUGGCGAUGCUGAGAUGGCCAAACUCCAUUGCAUCCACAUGGAAGAAAUCGAGGAAGCUAAUGGCAACAAACUCUUCAAGGCAAUUUUUCACCAGAAGGACCCACUUGAGUGGUUUGAUGUAUGAGGCAACCACCG